AUGUUGAUAAAUGAUAAUACAACUGUUAAUUUUAUUUUAUGAGAUGUUUUUCUUUUGAAUAUUUAUAUUUAUCGAAUUUAAAUUCUUUUCAUUAAAAUACAUCAUAAUGAAUUCUGGUAUUCCAAUUUUUCCAACUAUGAUCCCAAAUAUCGUAAAUCCAUUAUGGUUUAGUGUUGAUGAGCCUAAAAACGAAGAUACAGAGCUUAUACGAAUAGAAAGUAUCCACCAAAACUGGUUACUUACAUUAACAAAUAAAAUCAACGACAAAGACUUUCCAGUACCAAUUGGCAAAACGGCAACUGAAGUACAAGAUGAAGAAGAUGAAGAGGAUGAAGAAGAAGAGGUCAAUGCUUCAGAUGAUAGUGAAACCCAUGAUGAGGAAGAUGACGAUGUCGAAAUGGAUGUUACCAAUGCAUAUGAUCGAGAUUCACCCAUUUCUGUUUCUACUAGAUAAAAAUAAAUAAUAAUAGUUAUUGUUUUGAAUCAUCUAUAAUAAUGACAAAAAUUGUAUACUCAUUGCAAUAAUAUGUCAUUACUCAUUAAUUAUUAUAGUGCACAACUAAAUAAGUGUUAAAUACAUUUUUAAAAGUUGUUCAUGUAUCAUAUAUUUUACAAUUUUAAAAUAAAUAAUUAAUUGACCAAAAUGAAAAACAAUAACAACUACUGUAUAUAUUAUUAUUGUUACUUUUUUUAAUAAAUGAUUGUGUUAGAGACUUAAA